CGCGAGUAAUGUUGCAAGAAUUUACGGCGAGGGCGAGAAAGAAAUUGCGGAGAAAUUGUGCACUGGAAACAAACUGGAUUAUAAAUAAAAGAUUAUUAUAUUGUGUGUUAGGUGUAUUUAGAAACUGAGAAACACAAUUAACGAACGAUUAUGUCGAAUCCGGAGACCCAAGUGUCCAGUUUGCCAAUGCCGCCAGAGCGGUAUAUCAGCAAUUAUACAGAAGAAAAUAUCCGUCGCAAUCGAGCCCCACGUCCACCGCCGCCCCCGUCACAACAUGAAGUCUACAGUAUGUUUGGGAUCCAAUAUAAUAACGAUGAGAUGAUUCGCUCCUUGGAGUCACAGAAUAUCAAACGAUUGAUACCCAUACACUUUGAUCGUCGCAAGGAAUUAAAGAAAUUAAAUCAUUCGCUGCUGGUAAAUUUCCUCGACCUCAUAGAUUUUCUCAUACUAAACCCGGACAGUCCAAGACGGACAGAGAAGAUUGACGACUUGAGUUUGCUGUUUGUCAACAUGCAUCAUUUGCUCAAUGAGUUUCGUCCGCAUCAGGCCCGUGAAACUUUGCGUGUCAUGAUGGAAAUGCAAAAGCGCCAACGUGUAGAGACAGCUACACGAUUUCAAAAACAUCUGGAACGUGUUCGGGAUAUAGUGAAUAAUGUCUUCGCUGGUUUACCUGUUCUAGGCGAUGAUAGUGAGAAUGGUGGAGCUAAAAUUAAAAUGGAAAUCGAUCCAUUGGAGUCGAGUGCAGCAAAAAAUGAUCCUAGCUAUCAGCAUGAUCGUAUGAUGUGCAAAUUGGUCGAUAGCAUUGAAUAAUGCAACAACACCAAGGAGACUGCAAAUGUACAUAUUAUUAUUCUCACCUAUGACAGCAAAUAUUGUCUAUAUAGCUUUUAAGUACUUAGUUUAUGUUUGCUUUACGAAAUAAGAAAUAAACUUUGAUUUUGGCACACCAA